UGUUUCCUGCUACCAUAUGUCAUCCCUCAAUGAAAGCAAAGCCAAGCAAGUCUGCAAGAAAUACCCAACACAAAUGAUCAACCAGCGUGAGAAGCAGUUGAUGAGGAUUUACCCAGCGGGCUUCAGAAUUGACUCUUCAAACUUUAAUCCAAUCAUCUUCUGGGCCUUUGGGAUACAAUUUGUGGCCCUCAACUAUCAGAUCUCUGAUGUUCCUAUGCACAUCAAUGCUGCAAUGUAUGAGCAGACAGGGAACAGUGGUUAUGUCUUGAAGCCAUCGGUCAUGUGGGACAGAAAGCAUGUUAUGUUCAACAGGUUCAACCCAUGGGAGAAAGAGUAUGAUGGCCUUCAUGCUACAACACUUACUGUACAUCUUAUAUCGGGCCAAUAUGUGUGUCAGGGGAAUCAAGGAGGUAGUCCUAUGGUAGAGAUUGAGCUGCUGGGAAUACAUGCUGACUGUGCCAAACAGAAGAGCAAGGUCAUCUCCAGGAAUGCACUUAACCCUAUAUGGAAUGAAGUGUUCACAUUCCAAGUGAUCUUUAAAGACCUUGUGUUUGUGAGGUUCACAGUUGUGGAGAGUGGCAGUGGUAGAAUCACAUCCCAGAGGGUAAUCCCAUUAAAGGCACUCAGGCCUGGCUACCGUCAUGUUCGACUACGCACAAUGGCAAACCAGCCACUUGAGCUCUCUACACUGUUUAUCUAUUCCCGACAUGAGGAAGAGGUGAUAGGUGGCACUGUUAGUGAGAAUCCGCACGAUGAACAAAUGAAGAAGAAAAAAUCAAUGUUUAAUAUGAUCAAAUCUAUGGGUGAAAUUGGAAAAUCAGAAAUCAAAGAAAAAGAGCAAGUGGGAGGUACUACAACCAACAUCCAAACAGUGAAGCCCAAAAGACGUAUGUUCUUCAUAAGUGUAUUUGGUGUGACAUCGUCAGAUGAAUAUAUGAUCCUAAGAGUAACACAGGAUACCUCUACCCAACAGGCUAUAAAACAGGCGUUAGCUAAGGCUGGGAAGACGGGAGACUGUAAUACGGAGGACUUUCUACUUAUGGAGGAUGUCCAGAGAAGCUGGAACAAGAAAGAGCAGCAGAGAACAGGCUCGCAGAGAAUAUUAAACCCAGAUGAGAAAGUGCUAUUGGCACAGAAUAAAUGGCGAGGAAGUGGAAAAUUUUAUUUGAAAAAGAAAACUAAUGACCCCAGCAGCAGAGCCUGGAUGACAACACUGGUAACUAAGGAACUGGGUACUGAGAGUUCCAAUGAUGGCGAAUCACAGACUUGGGACACUGACCACCAGAUGUUUCUGGUGUGUGUUUACAAUGUCUCUGAAAUGCAGCCAUAUACAAUAUUCCGUGCCCCCAUAUCAAGCACUGCUCAAGAUAUUAUAACACAGGCAAUCUUAAAAGGUCGUAGUGAGACUGAAGACUCUCGCAAUUUGAUCCUCGUGGAGGAGCUGACUACAGAAGCCAGUGUAGAUUCUCCCAGUAAAAGACGCAGUUCACGUGUAGAGAAACGGAUCUUGGCUGACAAUGAGAAUGUCUAUGCUGUUCAGAAAGAGUGGAAGGGAAUAUCUGGAAGGUUUAUACUCAUGGACAGAGAGGAAGUCCUACAAGAAAUGGAGAAGAGAGAGAAACGCAAUAGUAAAGAGACGGGUAGACUUGUAGGGAUCACGAAACAACUCACCAAACUAAAAAUGGCAAAGAGUUUCUCUGGGAGACCCAAAUCACAGUCAGAUUAUACUACUGAGCAGGUGCAGCGGUCAGAGAGCGCCCCAGAGUCUCACAGUCACAUUGCCAGUGCCACUAGCAUAGACACAUGUUCCAGCGACACAGAUUACUCUGAGGGACAUUAUGUCUCGGCAGACCCAAUAUCGACUCAUUCACCAAGUGGUCCACGUGCCAAACCUAAAGGAUCAACAUUACCGCGUCAGAUAAAGAAACUAAGUGAUGUACUGAAAUUUACAAAAAGUAGUCACACUGGGUCCUCGCAUAGCUGAUUGGAGCCACAUUGAUCAUUGGAGCCUCAUAGAUAAUUGGAGCCAUAUUGAG